AUGAAAGAACCCAAGAGAGAGAACUUGUUGGUGAAUUUGGUAGUGAAGUCAGUGAAGAUGAAAUAGUUGUAUUGAUAGAAGCACCACUGGCUAUAGUUAUGCAAAUAGAUGCUAUGAUGAAAGGUUUGUUAGAAUUGCUGAUAGAGACUAAGCCUUUCAGUAAUGAUCUAAGUGAUGAAAGUAGUAAAAUCAAUAUAUGUAAAAUAGAUGAUAAUGCAAUGAAAGAGAAUGUAAAAGGAAAUACAACUGUUAAUAAAAGUGAAAAGAAAGGAAUGUUUGAA